GUUACCCGACCUACAAAGAGAAGGUGAAGCGGCGUCCCGGAGGUCGUCCAGAGGUCAUCUACAACUACGUCCAGCGGCCCUUCAUCCGCAUGUCCUGGGAGAAGGAGGAGGGCAAGAGCCGCCACGUGGACUUCCAGUGCGUCAAGUCCAAGUCGUCCAGCAACCUGGCAGCCGCCGCAGCAGACAUCCCCCAGGACCCACCGGGGCCCCAGGUAGACGAGCUGGACACUCCCCCGCCCGACCCCCAUCAACUGGGGCUGGGACAGGACAACAGCCCUCAGCCCGCACAAGGCUGCGAGGGCCCCCACCAGCAGGCUCAGGACCCCCACAGCCAGCAGCAGGGCAGCAGCUUCUCUCAGGACACAUACCACUACGAGCCGGACCCCGACACCCCCUCUCCCUCUGCAUGAGGUCACACUGACAGCAACAAGUGCUUCCACACACACACACACACACACACACACACACACACACACACACACACACACACACACACACACACACACACACACACACACACACACACACACAGUUAACCAGAACUAAACGUCUCUGAUAAUUGUCAGACUACGGUCCCUGCAGCAGCCAAUCAGCACACAGUUCCUAUGCCAGUUAGAGAGCUUUUGUACACUUGUGGCCAUCAGUAAGAAGCCCCCCCCACCCCCCCCACUCCGAGUGGCAAACACCACUUUGCCUUGUUCAGCACUCUGCUGCAGCCUCACUCAGGCCCAGGGGGAGGAGACGAGCCCAGCAGCACCCCCCACUUUCGUGUGUGUGUGUGUGUGUGUGUGUGUGUGUGUGUGUGUGUGUGUGUGUGUGUG